AUGGCUACCAGCCCGAAUCAAGCAUCAAGCACCGGCCAGCAGUUGUCAACGAGGGACGACGACAUCGACAACAACAACAACAACAACUACUACUACUACUACUACUACUACUACUACUACUACUACUACUACUACUACUACUACUACUACUACUACUACUACUACUACUACUACUACUACUACUACUACUACUACUACUACUACUACUACUACUACUACUACUACUACUACUACUACUACUACUACUACUACUACUACUACUACUAUAAUAACAAUAGGAGCAGCUGCUUCCGACCAGCAUCUGGUCUCUGCCUGUUGCCUUGCACACGCUGUAUGGCAGAAUUUGGUCCUCGGCAGGAUGUGCUCAUGGUAUUGCCGACUUACAGCAGAACGGGCAGCCCAUGCCAAGCAUCUACGGAUAGAAAUAUCAGCACCGGCACAGAUGCCAAGCCAGAGAUGGCUAUGGAUGAGAUAGCAUCACAGGGUGCUGUAGACUGGCAGACAGACUAA